AUGUGGAUAAUGGUUGCCAUUUAUGUAACGUGGUAUCUGGGCAUGGGUGAACAUCACGUGCACUCAAUGGCCUUCAUCAACCUCUUCCACGGCCUUUCUUCCAGUUUGUUGGUGUACCAUGUUGUGCGCAGCCGGUAUCACAUCUGGACCACAAAGUCUCCAGGAACUAUGCUCGCAACCGACCGCCUGAACUGCUUCCUUGUCUCAACUCCCGCGGUGUACAUCAGCUUCCUCGUGGGGUUUGCCGUUAGCGAGGAUCUGGCAUGGGACAUCCUGAUUAAUCAGGAUUACAUCCACUAUCUUGGUCUCUACCCGCGACCGCUGUCAAACUGGAGGCGAGGUGUUGCUGUCAGUUUGCUUAUGCUCCCGCAGCUGGCCCACUACUUUCUGGACGCCUUCAUCUGGAAGAUGGGUCCUCAGAAUCCGGGACUGCGUGAAGCUGUUAUGGCCAUGGGCAAGAGCGACAAAAGCAAAUCGUGA